AUGCCCAUUACCCAGGAUAAUGCCCUGAGCCAUCUGCCACUGCUGAAGGCCUGGCUGAGUGCCCAGACCAGAAGACAAGAUCAGAGUCACAUCAUCUCUACUUCCUCCCUGUAUUAGAAUGAAGAAGGGAAGAGCAACAGUGUCUGCAGCACCAGUAAUGGUGCUAAUGUGGGGGACGUUUCCCUUUGCCUGGCCGCUAUCCGGAAACUGGUGGAGUACAUUCAACUCAACUUUGUCGAAAACGAUAGAGCUCUACCGGCUCCACCCCGACCCUCCAAGGAGGGGUUAGAGGUCGAGGUACAUGCCAUUUGCCUCACAAAGGCAGAUGAAGACGUGGCAGAGUUUGGCCUUAGCUUUGGAAAUAUCCCAAUCUUUGGAGACCCUGAAGGAAGGAAGAAGAUUGGGCGGUGGAGAAAGAGAAAGGGCGAUCAGGGGCCCAUGCUAGAUGUGGGCUACAUCUGGGUGACUGAAGUGAGGAAGACGAGCCCGGCGGCACGCUGUGGGAAGAUCAAACUCCGUGACGAGCUGCUGUCACUUAAUGGACAGCUCAUGGUGGGAGUCGACGUCACGGGGGCCAGUUACCUGGCUGACCAGUGCUGGAAUGAUGGCUGCAUAUAUCUGAUUAUGCUGCGGCGAAUGAAGCGCAAGGCCCCUCUCCCUCCUUGCAAUGGCAAUGCUGAAACUGCAGUUGGUGGUAGGACGGACAGCUGCAGAGAAGAGCGACAAUGCAGUACAUCUUCACAGACACCCACUGUCCCAAUACAAAAUGACCAGCGAACUCGCAAAGUUGGUGUAAUACCUCGGUCAUCAUUUCACCAAGACAGCAAAGAGAGUUGGGACUCUGAACGUGAAAAUGGUUAUAGUUGCUUUGACCUUGCUGUGUACGAGGAAACAAGCUGCCCCCUUUCCACAGACACACUAACAGGACGGCAAGAGGUAGACACCUUACCUCAUGUGAACAAUUUCCCCCAUCAUCUACAAAAUGGGAAGACUGCUACCUUACCUACAAAGUCUCGUAGUGGGCUUCUGGAAUACAAAAUGGCUUUAUUCAGCAGCGAGCCAUCAAGUCAGACCAGAGAGGGUAGUCACAUCUGGAAGAUGCACAUGGUAAAGGGAAAGGAGGGCUUAGGCAUCCAGAUCAGAGGAGGUCGUGGUUCCAAGCGUUCCCCGCAUGGUAUCAUCAUAGCCGAUGUCGAGGAUGGAGGUGCCACCCAGAGGGAUGGUCGUCUACAUGCUGGAGAUGAGCUGCUGAUGAUUAAUGGUCAAUCUCUUGUGGGUCUUUCUCAUCAAGAGGCUGUGGAAAUACUCCGUUCUACCACUGGCCUGGUACAGCUGGUUGUUUCCAGCAGGGAUGAGUUGGAGGUGGACUUCCAAUGCUACCCAUCCACCAGCCUGCCUGAUCUGGUGAGUACGUGUAGUUCCUCAUCAGCUCUCUCUCAGAGCAAUACUACUGAUGCCGCAACUUUCCUUGGAGAUGAGGAGACCACAGAGAUAUCCAAACCAACCAACGAUGUGCUCACUGACCAGGAGAAGGUGGAAGACCAAGGGUUGAUAGAGGGUUCUAAAGGAAAUUGCCACAGCCCCUCAUCUGUGAAAUUGCACAGUCGGUCUCAAGGGGGGGGCAGUCGACUAGAGUCGGUGGGUGAGGAUGAUGAGCUGAUUGUUGAGAACGGUAUGACAGGCUGUGACAUGGCAGAGAAGCUGGUACAUGGUCGACGGAAGCACUCUUUGCCACAACAAUUGGACCCUGCUGGUGUACGACAGGAAUACCAAAUAGUGAAAAAAUCAGCUCGUUCCCUAAGCACCGUUCAAGUGGAAUCGCCAUGGCGACUGGCCCAACCGUCUAUUAUCUCCAAUAUAGUGCUGAUGAAAGGACAGGGCAAGGGCCUGGGCUUCAGUAUUGUUGGUGGUCAAGACUCAGCACGUGGUCGAAUGGGGAUAUUUGUCAAGACCAUUUUCCCCAGUGGAGCUGCUGCAGCUGAUGGGCGGCUUAAAGAGGGAGAUGAGGUUCUGGAAGUAAAUGGAGAGUCUCUCCAAGGACUUACACAUCAGAAGGCUAUUUGGACCUUUAAGCAACUGAAAAAGGGUGUCGUGACUCUGACUGUGCGGACACGCCUGCGCAGCCCCACCCUGACUCCUUGCCCCACCCCCACUCUUCUUAGCUGCCCCAGUUCGCCGAACACCAACACAAGUGGGGGAACACCACUCCCACCAGGGUGUGAAGAUGUUGACAGCCGCAAGGGCCAAGGCCCAGGCCCCAAAGAUCGCAUCAUCAUAGAAGUCACCCUUAAUAAAGAGCCUGGUGUGGGACUAGGCAUUGGAGCAUGCUGCUUGACCUUAGAGAACUCUGCUUCAGGCAUUUACAUCCACAGUCUGGCACCAGGAUCCGUGGCCAAGAUUGAUGGCAAGCUCAGUCGUGGAGACCAGGUUUUGGAGAUGGACUCAGUUAGUCUUCAUCAUGCUGCCCUGAGUGAAGCCUAUGCUGUUCUCAGUGAAUGUGGUCCUGGACCUGUUAGUAUCAUCAUAAGUAGACACCCCAUUCCCAAGAUGUCAGAGCAAGAGAUGGAUCGUAUCAUAGCUCAAUCCACUCACAGGGGCAGCAUGAGCAAUGAUGGACACCAGUCUCACACUUUAGGUCUCUCCUCCAAGACUGCCUCCCCAACAGUGAGCUGUAAGCAGGUGGAAGGCUCUCCAGAUCUCAGCUGGACAAUGAAGAGAUUCCUUGAACCUGCUAGUAGGCAAGGGUCCCUAAGCUCAGAGAGCGAGCUGGCCCAGUACUUCUCCCAGGAAGCUGCCAGCCAUAUGUCCCUGUCUGAAUCCAUGCUUUUGACUUCUGGGGAUGCUGACAUACUGCCCCACAAGAGCUACAGCUCCUCUGUGGAUGCCUCCACUCAGCCACAUGGAGUGGAGAACGAUUUUGUGUACCAUCAAUCAGAAAGCAAGGCUCCUGGUUUAGUGAAUCACCAUGUGGAGGCAGCACAUCAGCAGAGUGUUGGAAAUAGCCCCAACUCAGUUCGGAGCCCACUUCUCCGCCAGCGAUGGGUUAUGUGUUAUGGGGACGAGCUUAGUGAUGAUGAAGAGGACCCUGAUGCAGCUGGGUUCAACUUGUCCCACCAAAGGGUAGCAAAACUCAGGGCUCUUGUCUCCAGUGAAGCCCAGAUAACCCACUUAUCUGACAAUGACUCUAGCAGUGUAUUUGCUACUUCAUCAUUGGAGGUAGAUAGCCGAAAUGGGAGUAUUGAGAUACCCACACUGCACUAUAAUAGUUUCCUUGAGUCUGAGGAAGGCAUCAAAAGAAAAUCGGGCUUUGAAUCACCCAUCCUGCCCCUCUCUCCCUUUAAACAGGAUGAUGUUUUUCCAGUUAAUGUUGGCUCUGGGUCAAGUAACUUGGCUGUUAACAAAAAUAACUGUACCAGCCGAGAUGGUGGACUGACAGAAUUAAAGCACUUCCUUAAGUUGGAAGACAAAGCUGUAACCCAUAUCAAACACAUGAUGAGCAUUGAGGCACCGAACACGCCCCAGCAACCAAAGCUGAAAGAUGGGGACUCUUUCUCAGCGUUGGACUCAGUCCAGUCCUUUGCCAAAGCCCCACAGUCUGGAGGGAUGCUCCCCACGACACCAGGGCAGUUGAUACACAAUCAACAUUGUAAAAUGGGGGAGACCAAUGAUCAGGCAGGUGCAUAUAGGAUGUACACAGUGGUCCUGAAGAGACAUGAGGAGGAAUCAUUUGGCCUUGACCUGGAGAUCAUUUCAUGCCCACUGACGGUGGUCAUCUCUGGGAUUAGAUCUGGAGGAGCUACAGAAAGGGAAUCCAAGGGCAAAAUUAGUGUUGGAGAUGAAAUUGUUGCAAUUGGAGAAAGACUGGUCUGUUCUUCUACCUAUCAGGAGAUCUGUGACCUCAUACAUAACCUUCCUAUUAUACUUUCCUUGGAAAUCAAGAGAGCGGUAUCAGCUUUAGACCAGCUGUCCCGUUCGAUAUUGUCAUCUGGGGGCUGUGAUGGCGCCACUAGUAUUGACCCAACUACACCACCUCAGAAGUCAGUUGAUGAAGGAGAGAAGGCGAGUACUAAUCCAAAGAAUACCCCGCCACUGAAAAAUUCCAAGCCUUCAGUCCAAACAAGUUAUGACCAUCAUAUACCUGUCACCAAUACCAAUGUUUUUAUUUCAGAGCUAAGCCUCACUCAUGAUAAAAAUGCAGCCUCCAAUUCCCCCUAUGAAAUAUUACAUAAGAAUGUACCCUGCUGGCCAACACCACAGACGUCACAAGAGAAUGAAAGAAGUGGCGUUCAAAUCAGUCUUCCAGACUUUUCCUGCUUGGCUGCACAAGAUAAUAAAAGUUGCCUCUUCCCUGCAGGGAAAACAUUCUUAAACAGUUACUCCAGAAACGUCAUUCAUCUCAAAGAUGAAAACUUUCUUAUUGGAUUGAAUAAGGAGAGCUCUGGUGAUAAUUCUAAAAAUGUCUACCAUAUGGUAGACAGUGAUUCAGAAAGUGACUCAGCCUUUGCGGGCAACCACAUUGUGGAUGAAGUAGCCAUCAGGGGUGGUUAUCCCAAAGGACCAGACUCUGAUGAGGAAGAAGUAGAGAUUUGCUUGAGUGAAGCCUGUAAACCUAAUGCUCUGAUCCAGGCUCAGCCAACUAAAUUAAUAGAUGCGUCAGUGUCUCCUCAAAGUACCAUCUCAUUUAACUGUCAAAACACAAUGGUCGGUCUGACCUUUGAUUUAUCACAGAAUUCUGCUGUUUCACUGGGAAACAAAGACAGGAGAACAACCAAAAGUCCAGAGGUCUCACAAUCUUCAGAUGCAUACCUCACUGGUGAAUCCCAAGCAGCUCUCUGUGAAGAUACAACUCCUGUGACUUCCACAGAGUCAACCAAAUGCCAUGUCAGUACUAUGAAUGGGCUAUUUGACAAAGCCAUGACAUCUCUAGCAUCUAAUCCUGUAUGCGAAAGUACUUGCAGCAGUCACACUUCCACACUAGACACCCAUAAUUUAUCCCCACACAGUCAGGAAAGGACAACGAAGUUGAAUGAUGACAUCACACCUUCAGUGGGGCAGUCUAAUACACAGAAAUCAUUCCAUUCAACUUUGCUGAAAUUAAAGACUUUCAACACAAGCGACAGCAGAUCAAGCACAACAGCAGCAACAUCCUUAACAACAAAAGACAAGGGAGAAAAUGCCCAAGCUGUAUUAACAUACAGAAUGAUCUCAAGUACCCCCACUAAAACCUUGCUCAGGGCAUCAGUGGCAACAUUGGCUAAUAGUUCAGAAUCUCCUGUAUUGCACAGCAAGAUUAAACUACACGGAAAAUCUCCAAAUACACAGAGCACUAUUGCUCCCAAAUUAAUGGGUCUGAUAAUCAAAGGUAAAAACAAAAAAGAGGCUCACCUUUCUGUGAAACCUACCAGAGCAGAUAGUCCAGAUCCUAGGAAAGCCUGUGCUUUAUCGGUCCGGUCAUCCCAACUACCUGCCAAAACAGAGGGCAUUUUCAGUAGUUUGAAGAUCAAUAAACAGCCUGACACACAUAAGAUUUCUGUCAAAUGUGGUGAAAGAGGGCAAGAUAAGAGCAAGUCCAGUCCUGUGGGUAGCUCAAAUGUAGCACAUAGAAAUGGUAAAUCAGAGAUGGCACAAUCUGACAUGAAAAAUGGAGUCCAAUCAAACCAACGGCAGCAAAAGUCUCUGGUAGUCACCAAACCAAAGGACCAAGUGGAGAUGCCUGCAAUUCAGAGGGCAUUCAUAGAGGUUCGACUGUCAAAAUCAUCAUAUACACCAGUUUCGUCACGUAGAGGAACACUGGCUACCAAGGAUUGUAUUCCACCUGAAAAGGUGUUUUUUCACCAUAACAACAGUGGAAGCUCAGGUACAAGAUUAGCACCUGUGCUUUUACCCUCUAUACCUAAAAUCGAAAAAACAAACAGCAUUCCUUGUAAAGAAAUAUUAAAUUCAUCAGAUUCUGUAAAUGAAAUACGUUCAAUCAUAAACAGUGACCCUAAAGAGGCCAUUGCUGAGACAGAUGAAGGCCUAAAGUCUUGCAGGUCUAGAUUGUACCUAAAGGCAAUAGAGAGACAAAGUUUUUCCCUAAACGCUGCCUUUCCAGGGGAACCCAAUCCUUUCUCUGUCCGACAAAAGAUAAAGUCCUUUGAGAAUCUUGCUAGCCUUGAUAAGCCUGUGGUCAAAUGCAUUGACAUUCAGUCUUAUGCUCUAACGUGCAGGCCCCCACAUAACCAGAGGCUGUCCACUUAUAUGGACUUGGUUAGCUCUGUUGACUGUACACUUAGAAGAAGCUUUAGUUCUUGUGCGGAAAAUCUUAACUCUACUUUACCUCCCUCAUCUAUUGUUGGAACUACUCCUUCAAGGCUUUCACUGAUAAACUUUGACCUGCCUGCUGCAGACUUCAAGCCAGCUCCUCUGGCCCAGGACAAAGUUGUGUAUGAAGUUCCAAAGGUGACUGAAGGCCUUACCUCUCAUACCCCAUCUGUCUUGCGGCAUAAGCAUGCCAAGGGGCAUACCAGCCUUUCCAGCACCAGGGUGCGAGACCUUAGAGCACUCAGUAUGCCUGACUUGGGAAAUUUUUAUACAGAGGAAAUCAACAGUGAUGCAGGUACAGUCACAAUUAAAAGUAAGCUGGGCACCCACCAUUCUUCAACCCCCAAAGGAGUCAAUGAAGGUGAUACCAGGGCCAAUAAAGGCUCUCCUCAGGGGAGCACUGGGACACAUGUGCAGAACCCAGAUCUUUCUGCCUAGUCCAUCAGAUUAGGGGAAAAGGGGGUUUCAAAUGAACUUAUUCAUCAAAUAAAAUAUUUGUUCAUCUUUCAAUGGAAAAAUAAUGUCAAGCUAAAUGCACUUAUGUAAUCUGCUCUAUUAUUCUGCUUUAUGUUCAGCUAAAGCUUUCUUUUUAAUUGGUGCCGUAGUCACAGUUUUGGAGGGUGGGUUGAAAUGGCUGCCACUGUCUACCAAUAUGUCACUUCUGCUGCCCUGUGGUGCCACUGUUAUUUCAUAUCUGAUACACAUCAUAGGGAUAGACAGUAGAGGGAAGUGAAGUGUUUUGUGUGUAUUGCAUGCCUGUUCUUCUACUACCAGAGUGGAAUAGUCUGGUUGAGUGAUUAUUUUGCAAUUAAUAAAUAAAUAGGCAAGAGUUAGCAAAAUUUAAGUUAAAUUAGUCAUUAAUUACAUUUCACUAUUUAUUUUGUUUUGAAUCAGUGAAUGAAUAACUAAGUUCCUAAAUUAACCUGCACAAUGAUGAAAUCUUUCAUUGAAGAAUUUAGUAAUGCAUCAAUGAAUGAAUAACUAAACUCAAAAAGUAAUCUCCAAAGUAAUUGUAAAAAAGACAUUUACGUUCCACUUUUUGUUAUUCCAUCAAUUACGUUUCCCCCUAAAUAAACAAACCAUAGUUCACUAACACAGCAUUUUAUACUGGAAUGGCAUAUUUAUUACAUGACAUGCAGAGAGUGACAUACCAAACGACCAUUACAACUGACAUCUUACAACCGACCAUGCACUACACAGCUAUAGUGACCUUCUACAAGGAUGCCAAGCAAGAAUACCAAGUUUCCAAUAAAUUCCUUAGAAGAAGGAUCAGUCAGUAGGGAUAGAUGGUCUUAUAGAGCUACUUUAUCAAUUUUAGGAAAUUACCCCUUCCUCCAAAUGUCACUUAUAGCUAGCUGUCUUUCCAGCUCAUCUCUGAUCAUAAACUGAAAUAUUUAUGUUAACCCUGAUGUGAAAUUUCAAAACAACAAGCCAACUGGUUAUGUUCGCUUUUUAAAAUUCAAGGUUACUGACUACCAGAUAAGGUUGUAGUACAUGUCAGGAAUUCCUCCUGGUUGAAUCCACAACAUAUGAACAUAAGGUGUUCCAAGUUAAAAAAAAAAAAAGAAAAGAAGAUAAAACUAGGUACAUCUAAUGUGAUCAUAUAAAGUAUCUAAGUAAAAAAGUAUUCAGUAUCUAAAAUUAUGGAAAUAUCUAAACAUGAAAUUUGCAAAUAAGUUAAAAUAUCUGGAAUGACAUACAUAGCAGCACUCCUCUGUACAAUAUUCAUAUCUUUAUUAAUGUACAUGUAGGAGAUAUUGCUGUGAUAAGAUACCAUAUUAACAUGAAUCUGUUCAAAUUAAUCUUUUGAGUCUGACUCGAGUCCAAAUUUUUCAUACUUGAGGCUUGACUUGGAUAGCUUAGAGAUGUCUAACCCACUGACUUCUGUGUGGAAGUGGAUGUGGGGAAGUGUGGAAGACCAAAUUAUUUUCUGUUGAUAUGUGGCACCAAUGUGGCUUUCAGGUUGAUUUUUAUUGUUCUGAUAUAGUGAUUGUUGAAAUAAGAUUACACAGGCAUUAGGGGAAGCUCGGGAAAAACGAUAACCUCGGCUUCUAUUAUUAUUAUUUUUACGCUUAAAUAGCUGGCUAGUGUGUAGGCAUUACUUUGUAUAAAAGUAAUCACAUUGGUUCUAAUAAUUUAUGUUAAAUGUUUUUGGUAGUAAAUUGUAUGAAUAGCUUUUUGAUGUCAAAAUGGAUAAGACAUAAUUUUUUGCUAUUAAAAAUGGUCAACCUUUGAAAAUUUUGAGAUAUUUUAUUAGAUAUUAAAUUGGUAAUGGUUUUAUUUGCUCCGACUUGACUUUUCUACAUUUAGGUGGCUUUCACACCUACAUCAUAUGAUGCGUACUCAAUUAAUUUUUUAAAGUUUUGACCAUUUUGACAGGUGUGAACAUGUCAGGCUAACUCUGGUCCAAACCAGACGACCAAAGGUUCACCAAAAGUUGGGGUCUUGGUCAACUUCUAAAUAAACAUGGUGCAGAUAAUUCUGAUGUGAAAACACUUUCAAUAAAGUAUGAAUA